CGUCGUUUUGGGGAGUAAGGGACUUCGGCCCUAUAGCCGCCCGCCCUGCAAGAUGCUGCUGGCGCUGCUGCUGGCGCUGCUGCCCCUCGGCUGGACCGUGGAGGUCAAGAGACCCCGGGGCGUCUCUCUGGCCAACCAUCACUUCUACGACGAAACCAAGCCCUUUACCUGCCUGGACGGCUCGGCCACUGUCCCGUUCGACCAGGUCAAUGAUGACUACUGUGACUGUAAAGAUGGGUCGGACGAGCCAGGCACGGCCGCCUGCCCCAACGGCAGCUUCCACUGCACGAACGCCGGGUACAGGCCCCUGUACAUCCUGUCGAGCCGCGUCAAUGACGGAGUCUGUGACUGCUGCGACGGGACGGACGAGUACAACAGUGGCAUCGUGUGUGAUAACAUGUGCAAGGAGAAGGGCCGGAAGGAGAGGGAGUCGCUGCAGGAGAUGGCGGAAGUCACACGGGAAGGUUUCCGCCUCAAGAAGAUCCUCAUUGAGGACUGGAAGAAGACGCGGGAGGAGAAGCAGCAAAAGGUCCUGGAGCUGCAGUCCGGGAAGAAGUCCCUGGAGGAGCAGGUGGAGGCGCUGCGGGCCCUGAAGGAGGAGGCCGAGAAGCCGGAGCAGGAGGCCAAGCAGCGGCACCAGAAGCUGUGGGAAGAGCAGCAGGCCGCGUCCAGGGCGCAGCGGGAGCAGGCGCUGGCCGCCGAGGCCUUCCAGGAGCUGGACGACGACGCGGACGGAACGGUCACGCUGGCUGAGCUGCAGACCCACCCUGAGCUGGACGGGGAUGGGGACGGGGUGCUGUCCGAAGAGGAGGCUCAGGCGCUCCUCGGGGGAGACGCCCACACGGACGCCGCCUCCUUCCACGACCGCGUCUGGGCUGCCAUCCGGGACAAGUACCGGUCUGAGGCACUGCCCACCGAGUCUCCGGAACCCUCCAUCCCUGACCUGACCACGGCCCCUCCGCUGCCCACAGAGGAAGAGGAGGAGGUGGAGGAGGAAGAGGAGGAGGAGGAGGAGGAGGAUGAUUCUGAGGUGCAGGAGGAGCACCCCAAGGAGGCCCCACCCCCACUGGCGCCCCCACCGCCGGCCAGCACCCCAGAAGACAAGAUGCCCCCGUAUGACGAGCAGACCCAGGCUCUCAUCGAUGCCGCCCAGGAGGCCAGGAGCAAAUUCGAGGAGGCGGAGCGCUCCCUGAAGGACCUGGAGGAGUCCCUCAGGGACUUGGAGCAGGAAAUCUCCUUCGAUUUUGGCCCCCAAGGGGAGUUCGCCUACCUGUACAGUCAGUGCUACGAGCUGACCACCAACGAAUAUGUCUACCGGCUUUGCCCCUUCAAGCUUGUGUCCCAGAAGCCCAAGCUGGGCGGGUCCCCCACUAGCCUCGGUACCUGGGGCUCCUGGGCCGGCCCCGAGCACGACAGGUUCAGCGCCAUGAAGUACGAGCAGGGCACGGGCUGCUGGCAGGGCCCCAACCGCUCCACCACGGUGCGCCUGCUGUGUGGCAAGGAGACGGCCGUGACCAGCACCACGGAGCCCAGCCGCUGCGAGUACCUCAUGGAACUCACCACGCCGGCCGCCUGCUCGGAGCCGCCGCCCGACGGCCCCCUGGACGGCAACCAUGACGAGCUCUAGCCGAGGCGCCCAGAGUGUGAGACCACCCCGUCACGAAGAGCGGGGUUGCCCCCACGGCCCGCCCCACCGUCUGUGGACCGGGGCCUGCUCCUUGAAGCGGGUGGGGGUCCCCAGCCUCUCCCGCAGAGGCAGGAGCUGCGGGAUGGGACCCCUUCCCCCCACCGCCCACACCUCACAUCCAGGGCCUCCCCGCCAGUGGGGCUGAGCCACGUCCCCUGGUGCCA